GCCCCUCCCUCUCCCAUUCUGCCCAGUCCACCCACCCACCCGUGUCUGCGUCCGGCGGCGACGGCGAGGAACCAAGGAAAGGAAAGGGGAUCGCGGAGCAGCAGCAGCAGCCAUGGGCGUGAUGGGCAGGCUCAAGAUCUUCGUCGUCAAGGAGCCCGUCGUCGCCGCCUCCUGCCUCAUCGCCGGAUUCGCCACCACCACCCCCAACCCACCGGAGCAGACCAAGGCGGCGCCGCGGCGACCUCACCUCCGGCCAAGGGAAAUGACUACCGUUCCGGGGUCUCUGGUCUGGGAGCUGGUGAAGAAGAACAACUGCUUCUUGAUCAAGCAGUUCGGCAACAGCAACGCCAAGGUGCAGUUCAGCAAGGAGCCCAACAACCUCUACAAUGUCCACUCCUACAAGUUCUCCGGCUUGGCGAACAGCAAGACCGUGGCGGUCCAGCCCUCUGCAGGAGAGGACAAGGCUGUCGUCCUGUCCACGACCAAGACCAAGAAGCAGAACACCCCUGCCAAGCUCCAGCACAAGACUCUGAUGCGCAAGGAGUUCCGCAAGAUGGCCAAGUCCGUCAAGAACCAGGUCUGCGACAACUACUACAGGCCUGAUCUGACCAAGCCGGCCCUUGCAAGGCUGAGCGCCGUGUACCGCAGCCUCCAGGUUUCCAAGUCUGGAAUCAAGAAGAAGAACAGGCAGCCAACUAAGCUGUAAACUCAUUGAGAUUGCCUUUCAGCGCACAUGUUACCAUGUCUGUUCCGACAGUUUUGAGUCAUAAGUGAGACCCUUGGAGGAACCAUGUUACAAACCCGCCCUAGUUUGUACCCUGACAGUGUUAGAAGGAUGGUUUGUGUCGAUCUAUAAUUAUUGUUUGAUUUGCACUGGUGAUCGCUGCUUGUUAAAAUUGGUGGUGCCUGCUGUUGGAUUUGCACAUGCUGCAUCUUCUAUUUA